AUGGAAGGAGAUUCGUUUGGACGCGGACGAGCACAAGGACGAGCAGGAAGAGGAACCUCAAUUCCUCCACCCGGAGCCGGUGGGUCGAUUCCUUCGGCACCAUUUCCCAAUUUCACACAAUGGCUCGAAUCAAUUGUCUCUUCACCACCUCCCGGUGCAAGUCCACCCACUCCACAACCUGUUGCUACAUCGACUACUCAGCAAAUUCCAUCCGCUGACGCAAUGGUUGACUUAACAUUGGUGCUUAAUAAGCAAUUCCUCUCUCGUCCCUACCUUGGGUACUGCGUGGAAAUGACCGAGGCACAGCAUUCUGGUAAACUGCCACCUCAAAGUGAUUGUGAGUUGACAGAAUUGAAUGUGGUAAUUCCAAAGAUCGCGGAUUUAUCCCUUACGGAUCCAGUGCUUGGAGAUGGAGAAAUGUACUGCGUCUUUAUUUGGAACCUUCCGCCGGGAUUCACGCAUCGACAACUUCAUUAUUACUUCGCACCGUAUGGAGAAAUGUCGGACUACUUUGUGGAGACUAAUUUGGCUCGUGUAGAUGAACAGUCCUGUGCCAUUAUUCGGUACUACACCUAUGCAAGCGGAAGGGCAGCUGUAGCAGGUAUGAACGGUCAUACGUUCGAUGGAUACACAAUUACAGUCGUGCUCUACUAUCCUACAUGGGUCAACAUACCUCCCUUGAAAUCUUCGCACAGCAGUGCUUUUCCUUCAUCGUCUCACCUAUGA